GUAAUAUCAGACUGAAAUGAAAUGAAAGUGAUAAUUACGUCACGAGUUGGACUAAAAUAAAUCUAUCUUUCAUUUGUUUAUGUUGAUAUGUUUUUUGCAGACACAUAACGAGCGAAAAUGAUGACGACAAUGUGUCUGAGUAUUGCUGUCCUACCGUGGACCCUCAUUGAAGGCGGAAUGAGUAAAGGAGGUUGGGCUGGUUCAACAAGCCCUGGAAGUGAAAAUCCUUACGGUGAAGUCUUCCAAGGAGGUCCUGACCUUGGAAUUCAAUAUUACUUUAACUCCACCUUCUCUCGGAUCUGUUGUCAGGCCAUCGGGUGUGAAUACAAGCAAGGAUGUUAUUUUGUAGACGUCGGAUGCGGACAAAGUAAGAAUGGGGUACCUUUUCCGACAACACAAUUGCACUGGGAGGUUAGAGGCGUGGAACCAGUAGUGCGAUGUAACAACUCACGCGGUGUCGGAGCAUACUAUAUUUUCCAUGCUAGAGUAUUUCCAAUGGAAACGUAAAUGUGUUUAUUGUGAUUAAUUGUAACCCAGAUUAACUUCGUUUAUUUUUUCAGA